UGUACAGCUCAGAAGUAAGGCCACAUAAGAGUUGUAUGAGUUUCUAGGCUGUGAAAAUAUCGGAGUCGUUGACUCAACACGGGCACUAUGUGUUGAGCGUGUAGUAUUAAUAUAACUAUAGUCCGCGCAUAUUAACUAUCCUACUUCUCCUCUGUUCAUGAUUGUGACACCUCUAUUUAUCAUAAUUUUCUCAUGCCCAUUUUAUGUCAUGUUACUGAUGUAUACUGUCAUCAUCGCGAGCCUAUUGGGUGUUGUAUCCCAUAGGGUAUCCUUCAUCUACGGCGAACAUCAUCUCUAUUCUAUGACUUAUCUCAAAAUUUGGCUCAUUUUUAUGCUGUCGAUUGCAGGCGUGUUUAGCUUUGCCCACCAAAUAGGGAAAUGGAAUGGAAGUGAAAUUAACCACAUAUCCAUCCCCAGGACUCUUCUCCUCCUGAACAGCUCCUACGUUUGCUCAUUAUUUACCAGCAUUGUGGCUUAUCGUCUCCGGGAACAUCCUUUGAGACAUUUCCCGGGUCCCCGUUUGGCAGCGGUGUCAAAAUUAUGGCAUUUAUUUCAUAUAUUUAGCACGCCAAAUUACUUAUUUUUGACGACCUCUACCAUACUUACGGUAGUGUCGUACGCACAGGUAUGUGUGGAUAUUGGUUUUUCACACGUCAAUAAUAUGUAUGAUGCUAUGCAGAGACCAGACUUCAUUUGAUAAACAGCUUCCUUGCUUUGGCAUUCAAUGAUACAAGUAGCAGUCAAUAGCAGUAUCCCAAGCUCUAUCACCUGAGAUCAUAAGCUAACGUAUUAUAGGACCCCAAGAACUCACUAUUGUGGACCCAGCUGUAUGGAAAGCAAUGAGUGGAGUUGGAGCGACUUGUAUAAAGUCUCCCUGGUACGAUCUUAUGAUGCCAUAUGUUUCUAUACCAUCAAUCCGGACAAAGGAAGGGUACGGCA